GAAGGACCAGGAGGAUGGAGGGGUCUUCUGAGCUAGUAGGUGGGGAGGGGCUCUGGACACACCUUGUUCAACUGUCCCCUCCCUCACCCUCAGAAACUCUUUGUGACAGUGCUCUGUGAUGUAAGCCUGGGGAGGAUAUAUAUUCAGCGUGUGCACAGUAUAGGCUGUCUUGUGAUUUAGACUAUGGAUUUCCAACACUGGAAUGUUCUCUCAUUUAUGAAUAGCGAUACCAAAACAUGUCUGAGCUCUGGCUCAACAUGUUGGGAGAUUGAUCCCAACUUCACCUUCCUGUGUGGUUUGGGAUUGCUCCUUCUGUUCCUGUGCUACCUGGUGGGGAUUCCAUUUCCAAAUUGGAAAAUCAAAACUACCCAAAAGCAUCAGGGCAGAGCCAAGAGAAGGAGGAAAGGAGGGACACUGGAAGAUGGCAGAUGGUACCAACGGGAAGUGGAGGAGGCCCGGAAGCUGAUCUCGAUUUUAAGAAGCCCCCUCGGCCGGCAUCAUGAUACCAUCCACUUUCGUCAACUGUUAUGUCCAGACCCCUCCUGUGAGAUAUGUAACAGCACAUCUGCUGAGAUCGAUCGGCUGCUGUUCCUGCAGGCUCUGGAAGAUUCUACUCCCUUGGCUUCCACAGCUUCUGUGACUUCUUCAUCAUUCACUCUCUCCACUGACUUCUCAGCAGUCCCUCCAGGAGAGCUAAUACCAGCUUCGCUGUCUGAGUCUUCCCCACCACCUGCCUCCAUCUUCUCACCUAACCCAGUGAUCCCUGUGGCUGAUUUCUUUCCACCCUCACCACCGGGUGAUUCUGUGCCACCAGAGCCCUUUCCUCCCUUGGAUUCCAAAUUCCCAAUGGACCAUUUCCCAGCCCAGCCCCCUGCCUUUCCACCUCCUGUCCCACCCCAUCAUGCCCAUACAGUGGACCGUAGCGUCCAAACAGAGACAGUGUCUCUAAAUACCCUUUCCCAAGAUGUCAGCCCCUUACCGGAGUUGUGGGAGCAGUGUCCAUAUCCUACCACCUCGGAAGAGGGCCAUUUACAGCAAACCCCCAUCCAGUUCUUCUGGGGUCUCCAAACUCCAAGUGGGUCCUUCUUCCCUGCUGCCUCCCCAGAGCAGGAAUCCCCAGGAGUUCCCCAUCCACUUCCUCCAUCCUUGCCUCAGAACCCGCCUCAACUCCUGCCUCAAACCCAGCCCCUACCUCUCCCUCAUGUCCAGCCCCAGGCCCACCUUCAAUCCCCACUCCCAAUCCUGCCAUCUGGUCCUCUACCUGACAUCAAAAUCUGUGGAGCUUGUUUCCACAGACCUCAAAAUGAGUCUGAGAGUCUGCCAUCAACAGAAAUGGAACAUCUAGAAUCGAACGUGUUGCAGAAGAUACAGAAACGUGUGUGGGGUUUACCCACUAUAGUCCAAAGAUCCCAGGAGGACUACUGUUCUUCUGCGUCUAACCCUUGUUUCAGCCACAAGGCCACCAAGGCUCAUGCUGCAGUUUCUGUCCCCCCUGGGCAGUUUCCUCUGAAUGAAGAGCUUCGGAGAAAACUGGAGUCUCAUCUUGAAGACAGGCUCAUCCUACACCAGAGGGGCCUAACCCGCAGGAUCUAUGAGUCUCUAGCACUGACUCUUCCACAGCUACCUGAGUCUCAGCGCCAUGGUGGACGCUCGUCAAUCUCUAAUAAGAGUCCGAUCAGAAGGAGUAUGUCAAAAAGCGUCUAUGUGGAGCUCCCAGAAGUUCUGCUAGAGGAGAGUUCCUGCAAAGAUGACCUGGACAAGGAUCAGGGACACAACACCGAGAAUGAUCUGGAGAAGGAUCAGGGACACAACACCGAGAAUGAUAUGGGGUAUGGUUCUGACCAAGAACAUAGCCCAUCCGUGAAAAACUCGAUGGUGGCUGUGGAGACUACGGGACAGAGACAACUUAAUGCUGUGAAAACUCUCCAUAAUUCAUGGCACUCCGUGGAGCAGACAUCACUCACUUCUAACAAAUCCCAGAAAGAAAGAAGACAGGGAAGUUUGCCACCAUCACAGGUUGAGGAUGACUCCCUGAAUAACUUCCAGGAGCUUCCCCUUGUUACACCUACGGCAGCACAGACGCUGGAAGAUCAUAUUAAAAAGCUUAAUAAGAGGGUGACUUGGGGCCUUCCCCCUAGGGUCCUUGAAUCCAUACAGCACUUUAAAUACAAAGAGUUUAAUGGAAGCUUGACAUCACUCCGUGGACACAAAGCAGGAACAGCAAAUUCAGCCCCCAUCCCCGAUCAUCCUUUCCCUGCCACCUCAACUGCGGGCAAGGAGGAACAAAGAAUUUUGAGGCCAUUAGCCUCUAAUAUAACCCAUCAGACUCCUACAUCUGUCCAACGUGACUCCAUAGGCAACAGAUGGCCCCCAAGGCCGCCUAAAAGGCAAGGUGCACUCAGACGGCCUACAAGGCAAGGUGUGCUCACAUGGGAGCCAAAGGUCAAAAGUGCAAAUGCCGAUACUGGAAGGGGACAGUAACCAGGCAUAAAGGGGAAGCAGCCAGAACCUGGUGGUGUGCCCACAGAGUAAAUAUUUCUCUAGUAACAUGUUGUCUGUUCUGUGUACUGUCUUGGGAGCAAUGGUUUUGGGCAAAUCAGUUCAGCCGUUAUUGAUUGCUUCCUUCAUCUUCUAAAAGGUGACCAAUCUCCUGGACCUCUUGGGAAAUAUGUAUCAUGUGCCCCCGAAAGCCCCCAAAGCCCAUUCUCCCUCUGAUGGGCUCUCUCUCCUGUCCCAUGGCUUAGCCUUCCUGAAAAUAUACAGUAGCUCACACCUCUCCCCCUGAAUGCUUUACACCCUUUACAGUAAGUCUUCUAUAUCGGAGGAGAAUCAAAGACAGGUAUAGCUUUCAGAAAAUAAUGAUUAAGACACUGAUGUUUCUUCACUGUUACUGUGUUAGCUUAAUUAUGACUUAGAAGUCAGUGAUCAGAGGAUCCCACAGGUGGAUGAACUCUGAGUGGGAGUGUUUUCGGGGGAUGGGGUGUUGUUCUUGGGCUGGUUGGGUCACUUAGCUGUUAGUGAUAGGAAUGUUGACAAGGCAGCUACCACCUUCCAGGAUAAGACACCUUUGAUGAAAUGAAAAGUUGAAAGAGAAACCUUGCUGGUAGAACAGAAGUUUAUGUCUAAUCAUCCCCUUCUCAGGACUCUGUCCUGCUUCCCUCCUUCCUCGUCUGAUCCAGGCACCACCACUUUGAGGCAGACUGGAAUCUGGCACAGCCUACUGAUGCCUUAUACCAAAAAGUCAUGGCUCUGUUAUUUGAGUAUGCAAGCAAUACCUGCAGGCUGUCAGGCAUGGCAUCCCCUUUGGGGGAAGGUGAUCUUGGUGCCUGCCUUCCAUCCACACACGAUGACAAUAUAUAAGAUACGGCCUUUACUAUGGCUAGGAUGGCGGUAUGCCACCUUCAAUAUUCACGGCCUUAGCGGAGCCAUGGUAGCUCUUCCCCAGAACACGUGCAACUUAUGAACCAGAGGUGAAUUCUAGACUGUGUACCAGGAUACAGAUGUUUGGGGGCUUACCAUGGAACUCCAUGGAAUGCUUUAGUUUGGGGGGGGGGGUCCAUGAUGGCACACAUUCCCACAUUUAAAACAGGGCUCUGUAGGGAGGGCAACUCCAUCUCAGACUGGGACUCAAAAUGGGGUGAGUGUGCUAGAGAACACCUGAGGUAGUCUUCUGGACAGUCUCAGGACUGCUCAGUGCUAAAACAAAAAACCAGUUGUCAGAGGGUUUUGAAGGGACAGGGUGUGGGAGGCUGGGGGGACCAGGUGGUGGGUAUUAGAGAGGGCAUGGAUUGCAUGAAGCACUGGGUGUGCUGCAAAAAUAAUGAAUACUGUUAUACUGAAAAUAAAUAAAAAGUUAAAAAAAAAAAAGUUGUCCAUUAUCUCUCUCACUACCACACUUGUACACUUGUAGCUUCUUGUCCAGGUUAUCAUUGACCCUACACUAUCUGAAUGUUGGGGGUCAGAGAAAGAAUGCAGAUUUGAUGCUGUGGAGGCCCUGAGUGGGACAAUAGGUGGGAAGGGGCCCCGGGCAGGGAGCCUGAAGAGGUGAGGAGGGGGUGCAGGAGACUCUAACAUCUAUGCGGACAGACCAGCCAGUAAUCCAGCCUGCCGGUUCCUACAUAAUCUCAUUUU